AGAGUGGGGAGUUCAUAUAAGAUACCAGGCAAACGCCUCUCCCAGUGACCAGUCUCGACACGAAAACUCAUCAGCCGAGCUUCCUCGGCUACCACAAGACGACACGGAGAAAGAGAGAGUAUAUUCUUCAAGUAUACUCUUCAGGCAUUUCGGAAUAUUUCAUCGACUUGGGAUUGACAUCUCGAGUUAAAGCGAUCGUAUAUUCUAUUCGACAUUCAGGAUGUCGCAGCAGAUCCUUCCGCUCAUUCUGGUACUCCUGGUUGCGCAGGGCUCGCUGGGCCAGAAGCAGGAGGAUCCAUGUCAGACGAAGUCACGAGUGGUGGGUGAUAUCGAGUACUGCGAUCGCUACUGGGAAUGCGUGAACGGCCGCCCGGAACUGUUCGACUGCCCGAACGGUCUCGUGUUCGCCGGCAAGCACCGCGGCGUCACCGAGGGCUGCGAUUAUCCUUGGCGGGCGAACUAUUGCGACGGUAAACGCCAGGCGAACCCGCCGAUCUCGACCGAGCACUGCGACUGGCUGUACGGGAUCUUCGGCCACGAGACUUCCUGCACCAGGUACUGGACUUGCUGGAACGGCACCGCCACCGAGCAGCUCUGCAUAGGCGGUCUGCUUUACAACGAGAGGGCCAGAUCCUGCGACUGGCCUGAAAACGUCGAAGGAUGCCAGAAGCAUCCUCUCUGUAACGACGACGCCAACGGCAACGUGCCUCUGGGCAAGUCAUGCAACCGCUAUUGGCAGUGUCAGGGUGGUUACCCGCGGCUGCAGCGUUGCCCGGCCAUGUUGGUGUUCGACAGGCGAUCAUUAAGAUGCGUAGUGCCGCCGACGGAAGAUUGCGACGUCCCUACGACGCCGCCGCCCACUGAGGGCGAGUUGUCCGAGGGUCGCAAUGAACAGCAGGAUCCUGAAGAAGAGAACCUGCCGCCCGGUGUGCCGCCUUUGCCCGCAGGCGCGCUGCCGAUCGCCCUGCGACCACGCGCUAGAAAUUAAAGCGGCAACAGGUCCUAUCCAGCUUGGAAGGACGAAGGAAGCAGCAGAAGACCCUUCGACAAGCGAGGCCCCGAAGAUCGAGCUUGUCGAUCGGUUCGGAGAACUCGAGACGUUCUCUCGUCGAGUCUUCUUUCCAGAUUCCCGCGUGAUUUUAUAAUUCUAUAAUUCUAGAACUCGUAGGAUCGAGAAUACGAGAUUUUUAGUCCUAGAUCUCCAUGUUUCCGAAUUAUUCUGAAGAGUAUUAUUAAGAGAAUUAUUCUGCCAGAGUAGAGUUGGUCCCGUGUUUCUUCGAGGAUGUCGAGAAAGUUCUUGUUUGUUGUGAGUAAAAUUGUUCGAUCUUUAUCGCGAAGAUUUAAUUUUCGAUUAUGAAUUGAAGUGAAAGUUUGAAUAUGAUAAUUGUUAUGAUUACAUGGUUCUUUAUCUAAUUAAACAUUUAUUAUUUUAAUUAUUAUGGAUGAGAUAUAAGCAUAAGUGAAAUGACUUAACUCUUGAGAAUCGGAAUGAAAUUUAGCCGGCAUGAAAAAGUAAAAGUUCUUAAAAAACUAGAAAGAUUAUAAUCAGAGGUAAUUAAAUAAGAAACAAAGUAUAAAUUGCAAAAAAAUUCAACGAAAUAUGACCAAUGAAUUAUAAUUUUUCAAGAAAUAAUGUUAGAAAGAAUGAAAAACUGUGAAAUAUUUCCAAGGACCGAGACUCGUCGACACCGAUCGAUUCAUCUUUGACCGAUCGAGUUCUCCUUCUCUUCUUCCUGAGAACGGAGACUCAUAUUAUUGAUUACUAAUAAUGUUAACUAGGAACAUCUCGUUUUUCGGUCCUAAGACCACCAUCUGCCUCUGUUUCAUUUGGUCGAGAUGUAAAUAUUUUUCCCCGUCCCCUCACUUCUCUCUCUCGUUCUCGUAAUCGUAAGACUCGUAUCAUGUGUAUGUAGAUCGAUCGAAAUAAACUGUACGUUGUAUAUUUUUUAUACGCAUGUUCAGAUUUUAUACAAUGCUGCUUCGGCUGUACAUUGUUACUCUAUUUAUCAUAAAUACAUUAUAUGUAUUACAUAUCGUAUUAUAUACACUAUAUGUACUACAUAUCGUACUCGCUCUUCACGCACUGUACAUGCAAUUAGUCCCCCUUUAAACGUUUAUCAUUAACAAUAAUUUAUGUUUGAUACGCAAUGUGGAACAGAAAUAUACUUUUUUUAGUUCUCCUUA